CGACAUCUCCUCCAAGUGGUUCCUUGCAGAGAAGCUGUCGGACACAUCAGGCUUAAACCCACUUUGUAUUAGCUUUCAAUCUUAGCUCAUGCGGUAGUGAGAGGCCCAAACAUGAGUAAAAUGAGUAAUAAAAGAAACAAAACAGGCCCAAACACGACCGGCUACUUCCAAUUCUCUGGGGGAAACAACAAUUUCAGAUCUCGUUUUCCUUUUUCUGUUUAUGCUUCGUUCACUAACAGAUUCAAACACUUGAGCUGCUACAACAAUGCCAGUUCCCAUCCGGGGAGGCCGAGGAGCGUCAAAUUCCGGCGGGUUCAACCUCCGGAGCUUCUUCUCUCACCGGAUCUUCAUUUCCGCUCUGUUUUCGCUUCUUUUCAUUGCCACAGUUUCAGUCAUCUUCUCCAGGAAUCCCUCCACGCCACACCACGAUUCUGCCCUUCCUACUACUGGAAAUGCAUAUCUCCGACGAACAUUUCUGACUCUGAGUUCUAAUCCAUUCAAAAUUCGAUUAGAUUUGAUAUAUAAGCAAGCGAGUGAUCACAUCACCCUUGUUAAUGCUUAUGCUGCAUAUGCAAGGAAGCUCAAGCUAGAGAUGUCUAAGCAAUUGAAAAUGUUUGAUGAUUUAGCUCAAAAUUUAUCAGAUAUUCAGACGAAACCGAGUUACCGUGGGGCUUUGUUCGAUUCGACCAGUCCGGUGGAUGAAGAUGUGUUGAGACAAUUUGAGAAGGAGGUUAAGGAUAAGGUGAAGACUGCAAGGAUGAUGCUUGUGGAGUCAAAGGAGAAUUACGAUAAUCAGUUGAAAAUCCAGAAGUUAAAAGACACCAUUUUUGCAGUUAAUGAGUUGCUUAUCAAAGCAAAGAAGAAUGGUGCAUUUGCAAGCUCAAUUGCUGCAAGAUCAAUACCAAAAAGCUUGCAUUGCUUGUCAAUGAGGCUUGUGGAGGAGAAGAUUUCGCACCCGGAGAAGUAUACAGACGAUGAACCGAAGGCCGAGUUUGAUAAUCCAAGUCUAUACCAUUAUGCAAUUUUCUCGGAUAAUAUCAUUGCGGUAUCUGUCGUUGUAAGAUCCGUGGUGAAGAACGCCGAAGAACCAUGGAAACAUGUUUUUCAUAUUGUUACUGACAGGAUGAAUCUUGCAGCAAUGAAGGUUUGGUUUAAGAUGAGGCCUAUGGAAAGAGGAGCUCAUAUUGAAAUAAAGGCUGUGGGAGAUUUUAGGUUCUUGAACUCAUCAUAUGUGCCAUUGUUAAAGCAACAGGACUUGCCUUCCUCCGAGAAUCGAGGAGACAAGCCGAAGGACACGUUUGUGCUGAAUCAUGUUCGGUUUUAUUUGGCUGACAUGUUUCCUAAGUUGAAGAAAAUUGUGUUCUUGGAAGAUGAUGUGGUUGUUCAAAAGGACAUAACAGGAUUGUGGAAGAUUGAUUUGGAGGGGAGGGUGAAUGGUGCUGUUGAGGUUUGCUUUGGUUCCUUUCAUCGGUUGGGUCAUUAUUUGAACUUCUCACACCCUUUAAUUAAGGAGAAGUUGAACCCCAAGGCAUGUGCUUGGUCUUUUGGGAUGAAUGUUCUUGAUCUUGAUGCUUGGAGAAGUGAGAAAUGCACGGAAGAGUACAAUUAUUGGCAGAACUUGAACGAGGACGGGUCGUUAUGGAGCGGGGGAACUCUUCCACCUGGUCUAAUCACCUUCUACUCAAAAACAAAGCCACUGGACAGAUCUUGGCAUGUGCUUGGGCUUGGUUACAAUCCUAGUAUAAGCAUGGAUGCUAUCAACAAUGCUGCAGUCAUCCAUUACAAUGGUAACAUGAAACCGUGGCUGGACAUUGCCAUGAACCAGUACAAAGGUUUUUGGACUAAAUAUGUGGACACUGAAAUGGAGUUCGUGCAGAUGUGCAAUUUUGGGUUAUAGAUGAGCUUGUAGCUGCUCUGUCGCCCCUCGAGAGCUCAUGCUGAAAGUAGACAAUAUCAUGAUAUCAUUAUAGAGGUUGUGGUUUCUAACAUAGUAUCAGAGUCAUGUUCUUAUCUUAACUUAGUCAUGUCAAUAGAAUUCUCGAGUGUCAAACAAAAAAGUUGUGAUCCUCGAAGGUGUACUCAAAGUGACUCAAGUGUUGAACAAAUGGUGUACUAUGUUCGAGAGCUCCAGAGAGAGGAAUCAAGUCUUGAUUAAGGAAAAGUUGUUCGAGGGCUCUAAAGAGGAAGUCUCGGGAGAGGUUCUAUGGUGUAGUCCCUCGGGUGCUUUCAAGCCUUUUGGCUCAAUAGGCUCUUUAUUUGGGCUCAACCUUGCCCGAGAUUACGUAUGAAUAUUUGUUUGGCCU